GGAACUGAUGGAGGGGCGCCGAAAAGGGUAGAGGGCACAGGACUGUAGACCGAGAGCGGCUCGGAGGCCUCGACUGGCUCUCCGCCCUAACGCUCUCGUGUGGGUCCCACAGUCUCUGGCUGCGCGAGGCUAGGAUUUAUUAGAGUCAGUUGUGCAGUUUAGAGGGUCAACAAUCAGUUCUCCGAAUCCAGAGAUUCAUUACUUGUCGUCAGUAUCGGUGCUCAGGGCUUGGUAGGUUCGGUGUUUGGGACGCUAAAGAAAUCUGUCUUUUGAUUCAGGGUUCAUCACCUAGAGGUUAGUUUUAGGAUUCAGGUUCAGCCUAUAUAGGUUUAUUUUAAAUUGGAUUUGGGAUGCAUUAUAUACGCAUCAGAGUUAGUUCAGUACUUGGAAGCCAUUCUUAGGAUUGUAGUUAGAUAUUUGGGACUCAGGGUCUGAGGUUCAGUAUUCAGGGUUCACUGUUGGGGUACAGGGCUUAAGAUCUAGAGUCAGGAUGCAACAAUUGAGAAUUGAUGGGUUUGGAGUUUAGGUUUCUUGAGGUUUGAGAUCUGAGAAGGGUGUCUCUUGCUGAGUUGCUGAGUUUCUGAGUUUGCUGAAUCUGUGGCCAGAGGGAAGACUAUUAGGGGUCAAAUUGUGGGGUGUGAAUUUCAGAAUUUGGGUGGAUUCAUUGUGGGGUUUGAAGGCCAGCUGGAGUCUGGGCUGGGAUUUGAGUUGUGUGAAAUAUACCAGGUGUUGUAUCCUGGGCAGGUGCAUACUGAACUUUGGAUUUACAUCCUUGGAGAGGGCUAAGUGCUGCUAUUUGGGAUUUGGGGCCUAGUUGGGGUAUGAAUCAGGUUCCUGGGUUGGGGUGUGAGAUCUGAGCCUGACUUCUCUGUUGGGAUUUGAGGUUUAGGUAGCAAUCGCCAUCAUGCUCAAAGCUGUGAUCCUGAUUGGAGGCCCUCAAAAGGGGACUCGCUUCAGGCCUUUGUCAUUUGAGGUGCCCAAACCCCUGUUUCCUGUGGCGGGGGUGCCUAUGAUCCAGCACCAUAUUGAGGCUUGUGCCCAGGUCCCUGGGAUGCAGGAGAUUCUGCUCAUUGGCUUCUACCAGCCUGAUGAGCCCCUUACCCGGUUCCUGGAAGCUGCCCAGCAGGAGUUUAACCUUCCCAUCAGGUACCUGCAGGAAUUUGCCCCUCUGGGCACAGGGGGUGGUCUCUACCAUUUCCGGGACCAGAUCCUAGCUGGAAGCCCUGAAGCCUUCUUCGUGCUCAACGCUGAUGUCUGCUCCGACUUCCCGUUGAGCGCCAUGUUGGAUGUCCACAGACACCAGCCACACCCCUUCUUGCUCCUUGGCACCACGGCUAAUAGGACACAGUCCCUCAACUACGGCUGCAUUGUAGAGAAUCCACAGACGCAUGAGGUCCUGCACUAUGUGGAGAAGCCCAGCACGUUCGUCAGUGACAUCAUCAACUGCGGCAUCUACCUCUUUUCCCCGGAAGCCCUGAAACCCCUCCGAGAUGUCUUCCAGCGAAAUCAGCAGGAUAGGCAACUGGAGGACUCUUCAGGCCUAUGGCCUGGGGCAGGUACCAUCCGCCUGGAGCAGGAUGUGUUCUCCGCCCUGGCCGGGCAGGGCCAGAUCUACGUGCACCUCACUGACGGGAUCUGGAGCCAGAUCAAGUCUGCAGGCUCAGCCCUCUAUGCCUCCCGCCUCUAUCUGAGCCAGUACCAGCUCACUCACCCAGAACGCCUGGCCAAGCACACGCCAGGGGGUCCACGGAUUCGAGGAAAUGUUUACAUCCACCCGACGGCUAAGGUGGCCCCGUCGGCAGUGCUGGGCCCCAACGUCUCCAUCGGGGAGGGAGUGACCAUAGGCGAGGGCGUGCGGCUCCGAGAGAGCAUCGUCCUCCACGGAGCCACACUGCAGGAGCACACGUGUGUUCUGCACAGCAUCGUGGGCUGGGGGAGCACCGUGGGGCGCUGGGCCCGCGUGGAGGGUACCCCCAAUGACCCCAACCCCAACGACCCCCGAGCCCACAUGGACAGUGAGAGCCUGUUCAAGGACGGGAAGCUGCUGCCCGCCAUCACUAUCCUAGGCUGCCGCGUCCGGAUCCCUGCCGAGGUGCUCAUCCUGAACUCGAUUGUUCUGCCACACAAGGAGCUGAGCCGCAGCUUCACCAACCAGAUCAUCCUCUGAGGGGGCCUGCCAGAAGGCCCCCCUGAACUCCAAUCUGCUCCCCUGAGGCUCCUGCCUGCCUGCGUGGCCAGCCUUUGUCCAGGCAGGCUCUUCACAGGCACGCUUGCGGGGAGCAACGUGGGUGGUCGGAGGACUCGUGCCCUCCCUCUCCACUCCCUAAUAAACCCGGGUGAACCCUGGA